AUGGCGAAGAGCGCCGCUACCGCCACCACCGCGGAGGAGUACUUGUCUUGCUGGCGCGGCCCACUCGGCGGCUACACGAAGGCCGCGGGCGCCUUCCGGUGGCUGCUCCUCGUCUGCAUCCCCGCCUUCGGCCACUGCGCGUCCGCCGUGCCUAGCCCGACGGCGGUGGCCUCGGCCUUCUCGUCUGCUGUCGCCUCAGCAGCCUCCGUCGCCUCGGCAGCGUCCUCUACCUUCUCCGCCGUCGCCUCGAAGGCGUCCUCGCUCGUGAGCUGCUCGCCGCUUCUCAUGCCCGCCCUCGUGCUCAUCCUCCUCGCCAUCGCCUGCGGUGCCUCCUGGCCGACCGCGGCGAGCGGAAAGGGGGCUCGGCGCGGCGUGGCGUGGGCCGUCUGCGUCGCCGCCGCCGCGGCGUGCCUCCCCGGCGCAGCAGCGGCUUCCGCGUCGAGCAUGACGGCUGCUGGCAUGGACAGCACCGUUGAUGCCUUCUCGUCAUCGAUGCAGCACCCGCGGGAGGCGCUGUGGGCUGCAAUACUCGUUAUCGCUUUGCAGGUGGCGACGCUGUUGAUGCAACUUGGCAGCGCCACCGAACGUUCGCUCGAGUACUCGACCUACGACACAGGGACGUAUAUGGACCUCGUCGCUGCCUGUCUCAAGGCGGGCGCGAUGCUUUCACAAAGUCCAAGCCUCAUCCACACAUUCCAUGGCGACCCACUUGCUGCGUAUCCUACUCCGUCCGGCACGGUGUUUGCCACAUCGAACCUGACAGCUGCUGGCGAUCACUGCUAUCACCUGAACGCAAGUUUAGUUGUCGAGGACUGCAGCGGUAAGUGGGAUCAGUAUGCGCAGUGUGAGCAGCACCUCACCGAGCAGUGGAAUCAGCUACCGGAAUGCAGUUAUUGGAAGGGCGAGCAGUGUGACUUACACACUGCAAACAGGCUCAGGAACGAUGCUUGCAUGGCGCGACGUCUGCAGUGCCGCAGCGAUGAAGCGUUUGACCAGUUAAAAAUGGACUGUGCAAGCCUCGGAUUGGCGUCUGCAAUGGGCGCUUGCUCCUCGCCGCUCGUUGUUGAUACGGCGCAAUGUGACCUGCCGCACUACCGUGCUCUCGACGUGAGCGAGUCGGCUCAGGUGCAUCGACUCAACAUGUUGGCCUCGAACAAUAUCCACUGUUUCGAUCCAGUCCGCCUAUUCCAAGAGCAAGUUCUUAAAUUGCCCAUCAGCGCAAUUGGCUCAUUCAUCUUCGUCAACUUCCUGCGUGCCGUAGUAGCGCUGUUCGCCGUUUGUGGGGGCUCGACGGGGCUCGGCGGGUGGUUCCUCGAGUCGUUGCUGAUGGGCGUAUCAAUGGGGAUUGGCUCGUCGCUCGGCGAAUUUGAGGUGCUGGACGGCUGCCUCGUGCUUCCGUCAGAUCUCGACGCUCUUGCCGAUGCCUCCAGGGGUGGCUCCUCCACCAUCAUGGAGACCUAUUUGCCUCUAUUCACUCAAGAGUAUUUCGAAUGGCUCGGUUCUCUUUGCAAGUUCUUCUUCGUCAGCUGGGUCCUCAUCGUUGUCGUUAGCAUUGCGGGCGGUUUCAAGCCGUGUGCUACUUGGAAGCUUCCGCAAGUAAUAAUAACAAAUGCUUCCGCGAGUAAUGACGGAAGCACGGAAGAAGGUAUCGACCUAAGGCCUGCGAUGGCUUUCGGAGCACUUGGAGUCGUUGUUGUCGUCGGAGCACUUGGUUUUUUGUGGUUGUACCUGUUUGUCUGGCAGCUCCUCACCUGGUUCUACCUGUUCGCGAUGGACGCAUUCAGCCCUUUGCAGGGUAACGUGGGCGAUUUGGAUGCUAUCGUGGGCAUGUUGGGCACGUCAAUUGCAUUGUGGAAAGCGAUAAAAGAGGAACAUCGAUUUGGUUACUUCACCUUCAUCAUGCUCGUCGUUCUCUUCAUGACUGUCUACAAGCUCAGCUUUGCAGCGGGGUAUGUCAUCGACGUAUCCUGGGUGGUACCUUGGAUCAUUAUUUGUUUGAUUUGUUUUAAUUUGAGGAGCGUGGCAGACGUGAGGAACGAGGCAGACGAAGCCACCAAAAAGGCCACCGAAAACGAUGAGGCAAAGAAGAAGAAGGCUGCUAAAACCACCAAAAAGGCCACCGAAAACGAUGAGGCAAAGAAGAAGAAGGCUGCUAAAACCACCAAGAAGGCCGCCGGAAAGGCGAAGGCGAAGCGAGGGCAGGGGCCAGAGCUCGUGUAG